AUGGAGACGAUCCAGUUUUAUUCAUACCUCACUGUGGCAGGCUUGCUGUUCGGUCUCUGGGGCUUGAAGCAUAUCGGAGUGAAGAAGCCAAACCCUAACCGCCUUCCCCGUCCUCCAGGUCCAAAGGGACUCCCCAUUCUGGGUGCCAUGUUAGAAAUGCCAUCACUAGGCGAUAAACCGUGGCUGGCUUACGAUAAAUUGUUCAAGAAAUAUGGCGACAUGGUGUACUUUGAGGUUCUCGGCCAACCAUUUCUAGUUCUGGGAUCCUUGAAAAGAACAAAUGAUAUAUUAGACAAGAAAUCGUCAAAUUACUCAGACAGAAUGGGCUGGGGUUACGAUAUACCAAACAUGCCUUAUGGUACAAUGUGGCGAAGGCACCGCCGUGCAUUUCACGAGCAUUUUCAUACGAACGCCGUGCAUAAAUAUCUACCGACCCAGGCGAAAGAAUCUCAAGCCUUACUCUGUCGACUUCUCACGACACCGCAAAAUUUUAUGCACCACAUCCGACAUACUUUCGCAUCGAGUAUUAUGAGUGUAUCUUACGGCCUACCAGUCUUGGAAUUCGACGACCCCUACAUCGCGUUGGCUGAGGAGACUGUGCGGGGCGCUGCCGAAGCUGGCAUUCCGGGGACUUUCUUGGUGGACCUGCUCCCAGUCUUAAAAUAUGUGCCAAGCUGGUUUCCUGGUGCUGGUUUCAAGCGGAAGGCUGCUCACUAUGCCGCCAUAAAUGCUGAAGUUGUGGAUCGACCCUUUAAAUCUAUACAGAAAAAAAUGGCUGAGGGAACGGCAAUACCUUGCGUCCUGACCUCCUUGUUGGAGGAAUUUCCCGGAAAUGAAGAACUAAGCCGAGCGGAGAAAGAGCUUGUCUCUCGAAAUACCGCUGCGGUAGCAUACAUUGCUGGAGCCGAUACCACGGUUUCAACCACUCAAAGUUUUUUUUUGGCCAUGGCGAUGUAUCCGGAAGUCUUGCGAAACGCACAGGCGGAAAUCGAUGCAGUCGUUGGAAUACAUCGCCUUCCAGACUUCAACGACCGCCCCUACCUGCCGUACGUAAACGCAUUGAUUAAGGAAACGAUGCGUUGGCAAUUGGUCCUUCCCCUUGGUGUUCCACACAUGGCUACUGAGGAUGAUGAAUAUGAUGGAUACUUUAUUCCGAAAGGUACUAUUGUCAUCGGAGCCGCUUGGUCAAUUUUGCACGAUCCCGAAGUAUUCGAGGCCCCCGAAGAAUUCAAGCCGGAGCGCUAUCUCAAAGACGGUCAAAUUGACCCAAGCGUUAGAGAUCCAGUCGUUGCGGCUUUCGGGUUUGGCAGGAGGAUGUGUCCUGGCAGGUACCUGAGCGAUAAUUCUCUAUAUUCCAUCGUCUCGUCUGUCUUGGCGGUAUAUAAUAUCAAUGCGCCAGUUGAUGAAUCCGGACAGCCUAAACAGCUUGAGGCGAAUUAUACAAGCGGGCUUCUUUCAUAUCCCCUACCUUUCAACUGCACAAUCGAGCCACGCUCCAAAGCUGCUGAUUUCUGA